GCGGCCGGGGCCAUGGCCGAGGGCGGCGGGGGCGCGCGGAGGAGGGCGCCGGCGCUGCUCGAGGCGGCCCGCGCGCGCUACGAGAGCCUGCACAUCUCGGACGACGUGUUCGGCGAGUCGGGCCCGGACAGCAGCGGGAACCCCUUCUACAGCACGUCGGCCGCCUCGCGCUCCUCCUCGGCCGGAUCCUCGGACGACGAAGCCGAGCGCCCCGGCCCCGCGCGGGGCCCCGGCGCCCCCGCCGUCGCCGCGCAGGAGUCGGAGGAGGACGAGGCUGGCGCGGGCUGGAGCGCCACGCUGCGGGACCGCCCGGCCCCGCGCUUCGAGGGCACCGGCGGUCCCAUCCGGAAGAUGCCGCCCAGCGCCAGUGCCGUGGACUUCUUCCAGCUUUUCGUCCCUGACAACGUCCUCAAGAACAUGGUGGUGCAGACCAACCUGUACGCCAAGAAGUUCCAGGAGCGGUUCGGGAGCGACGGCGCCUGGGUGGACGUGACGCUGCCGGAGAUGAAGGCGUUCCUGGGCUACGUGAUCUCCACCAGCACCUCCCACUGCGAGUCCGUCCUCAGCAUCUGGAGCGGCGGCUUCUACAGCAACCGCAGCCUUGCCUUGGUCAUGAGCCAGGCCCGCUUCGAGAAGAUCCUCAAGUACUUCCACGUCGUGGCCUUCCGCUCCAGCCAGACCACACACGGCCUCUACAAGGUCCAGCCCUUCCUGGACUCCCUGCAGAAUGGCUUCGACGCCGCCUUCAGGCCUUCCCAAACCCAGGUGCUACACGAACCCCUGAUUGAUGAGGACCCUGUGUUCAUUGCCACGUGCACAGAGCGGGAGCUGCGGAAGAGGAAAAAGCGGAAAUUCAGCCUCUGGGUCCGGCAGUGCUCUUCCACUGGCUUCAUCAUCCAGAUUUACGUCCACCUGAAGGAAGGCGGGGGCCCUGAUGGGCUGGACGCGCUGAAGAACAAGCCACAGCUGCACAGCAUGGUGGCCAGGAGCCUGUGCCGGACCGCGGCCGGGAAGAACUACAUCAUCUUCACGGGGCCCAGCAUCACCAGCCUGACCCUGUUUGAGGAGUUUGAAAAGCAAGGGAUCUACUGCUGCGGGCUGCUCAGCCCCAGGAAGAGUGACUGCACCGGCCUGCCGCCCUCCAUGCUGAACAGCCCGGCCUUGCCGCCCGCCCGGGGCCAGCACAGCAUCCGAACGAAGGGGAGCAUGUCCCUGAUCUGCUGGUACAACAAGGGGCACUUCCGCUUCCUGACCAAUGCCUACUCGCCCGUGCAGCAAGGAGUGAUCAUCAAGAGGAGGAGUGGGGAGAUCCCCUGCCCCCUGGCCGUGGAGGCCUUCGCCGCCCACCUCAGCUACAUCUGCAAGUACGAUGACAAGUACAGCAAGUAUUUCAUUUCUCAUAAACCAAACAAGACCUGGCAACAGGUGUUCUGGUUUGCCAUAAGCAUUGCCAUCAAUAACGCCUACAUCCUGUACAAGAUGUCGGAGGCCUACCACGUGAAGAGGUACAGCCGGGCCCAGUUCGGGGAGAGACUCGUGCGAGAGCUGCUGGGCCUGGAGGACACUUCUCCGAGCCUCUGAUGCUGGGGGCGUGGCCCAGGUUAGGUAGCAAGGAGAAAAUAGGCUGCACCUUCAACACUUUGCUUGGAAACCUCCUCAGCGGGACUUCCCUGGUGGCGCAGUGGUUAAGAAUCCACCUGCCAAUGCAGGGGACACUGGUUCAAGCCCUUGGUCUGGGAAGAUCCCACAUGCUGUGGAGCAACUAAGUCCGUGUGCCACAACUACUGAGCCUGUGCUCUAGAGCCCGCGAGCCACAAAUACUGAGCCUGUGAGCCACAACUACUGAAGCCCACAUGCCUAGAGCCCGUGCUCCGCAACAAGAGAAGCCACCGCAAUGAGAAGCCCACACACCGCAACAAAGAGUAGCCCCCGCUCGCCACGACUAGAGAAAGCCCGCGCGCAGCAACGAAGACCCAACACAGCCAAAAAUAAAUAAAAUUUAAAAAGAAGAAAAGAAAAAGAAACCUCCUCAGCUGUGCAUCCACGCUGGUCACCUGCAGGUUCUGCUUCCAUAAAACACUAGAACACGUGAUGCAGCUGAGAUCUCUGCCGCUCUGACAGGGAGCGCCUUCCUCCAGGUUCCCUUCCCCUUCCCCGUCUCUUGUUCCUCAUUUCCCUCCGAGACCUCACCGGGGGCACCUUCAGCGGUUAUGUUUGUAUCCUGUCUGUGAUGGUGUGUGUGCUCCUCUCUGUAGGGGUCUCUGUAGGCCCCCUCUUCUCUCUGGAUCACCUUUCACACCCACAGUCUCUUCAAGGCGACCCAGGCUCUAUCUAACACGCUCCUCGAAACUCCUCCAUUUCUGCCCACUAUUAGUUCGAAAGCCCCUUCCAUACUUCUUAGGUAUUUGUUACAGUAGCACCUCACUUCCUGGUACCAACGUUGGCAUUAGUUAGGGUUGCCAAACCAAAGUACCACCGGCUGGGUGGCUUAGUCAACAGAAAUGUAUCUUCUCAUGAUUCUGGAGGCUAAACGUCGGAGAUCAAAGGGUUGGCAGGUUGGUCCCUUCCAAGCCCUCCCUCCCUGGCUAUUAGACGACCGUCUUCUCCCCGUGUCCUCCUGUUGGUCCUUCCUCUGUGCUUGUCUGCGUCCUAAUCUCUUCUUAUAAGGACACCAGUCAUACUGGAUUGGGGCCACCCUGAUGGCCUCAUUUUAACUCCCGUCUUUAAAGACUGUCUCCAAAUAGAGUCACAUUCUGAGGUCCUGGGGGUUAGGAUGUUGAGGUCCUAACUUCAACAUACGGAUUUUGGAGAGAACACAAUUCAGUCCCUAACGAGCCUCCAUACACUUCCUACUUCCGAAAAGCUGGCCCAGUGGUUUUGUGCCGUCACUCGGCAGCGGUGUCCCCCGUCCCCCUCCCCCAGCCCUUCAGGCCCCUGUUGUCUCCGGUGGGAGACACGUGGGCCACGUUCUCGCUGUGGUCGGCGGCGCGUGGCCAUGGGGAGGGGAGCCCUGGAAACCCAGGGGCGCUUAGCCGCCCUGAGUCCCGGCAGCCGUCCUGUCGGAGGGGCUGGAGGGCAGUGGGGUCCAUCCUCCCUCCCUCCCGUCUUCUGCAAACCCUCAGGGCCGCCGGCCUGGCCCGCAGACCCCAGCCUGACUGCGUGCGCGGCCUCUGUCCGCCCACCCCACGCGCCGUCACCCGCUGCCCGCUGGUCGUCGGCCCUGGAGGCGAGCCCACGCGAUGUCCCUGCGCCCACGCUCGCUCGGCAGCGGCCGGGCCUGGCUUGGCGCGCCCCUUCCCCGCCUCGCUCGGCCCUCGUCGGGGUCUCUCCUUCCCCGGCCCGGACUCAGCCUCCCCGUCGGGCCCGUGCCU